AUGAUGCGGUUGCGUCUUUGCAGAGCGAUUGGAUGGUGGAGCCUGGCUACGAUGGUACUUUGUUCCAUUCCCGUCACUCUUAACGCUCUUGCAGUCUCUUCUUACCUCGCGGCGCUCAAAGGCAUUCCCACAAGUGCGGGGAGUUAUCUGGGGAGCAGCGGUGUCAUGAUCAUGGUAGGGUUUAGCUGUUCUAUUAUCGAGGUCAUGAUCGCUGUGGCAAUUUUGCUAUGUAGCAUCUCUAACUCCGCGGGUAUUCAUUGCGACGAACAAGUCGAAGCCUUACCUUUGGACUGCUCUGCAGAGAGAAAUACCAACUUUCUCGACAAAAGGUCUGGACAUAACGGCUGA